AUGCAUACAGUCGGUCUACCGAGAACUUGUCUCGGUUGUACCAAUGUACUAUUCUUCAUACUCGGGAGUGCAGGCUUGGUUAUUUGCGUUUGGUGUGCCGUGAAUACGGAUUUUUUCCGAGAUGUUAAUUACAACAUUACAAGAGCCAACAUAGUAUACGAUAUAGCCUAUUUCGUGAAUCUCAAAAUUUGGUUCACACCUCUCAAGUCAAUUUUUAUACCAAUAGCUGUGAUAGUUAUAAUGACCUCCUGCUGCGGUAUUAUGAGUGCAGGUUGCCAAUUUAAGUGUGCAGCAAAAUCCUAUAUAUUCCUUGUAACUUUACUCUCUAUUGCAUUCGGGUGGUUUUUUUUUGUGUCGAUAAUUUACAACAUCUAUACGAACAGCCCCAAAAUUAAUUACAUUAUGGUUGAUUCAUUGAAAAAUAAUUACGGCAAAGAAGACGACAUGUUUACACACAUAUGGAAUUUUCUUAUGGUCAAUUUCGAAUGCUGUGGUGUACACGAUUUUAAAGAUUUCUCCUACACCAAUUGGCAUAAAGAUAACUUGGAGAAAUUCUACCCAAUUCAAUGUUGUAUAUUAUCUAAUAAAACUGCUAUGACACCUAUGUUUAUAAAUUGUACGUUGACAGCACAAAAAAUAGAACCUUACAUCCAUACAGAAGGUUGCCUUCAGGCUGUAAGAAAAGCGGUUAUAGCGAAUAAAACCAAAUUGAUAAUGUACUUUGUCCUAUUGACUAUUGCCUUUGCUUUAAUAAUAUUAUUUGCUUAUUGCAUUUUGAGAGGGCAACCGUUACUCGGAUCUAUGGCUGUUAAUGCACCUAUAUUGCCAUUUCGAAAGAUCAAGAUAGAGGGACCCAAACCACACCCUCAGCAAUCUGAAACAUCAUUAGAGAAUAUGAUUUUUGCUGACGAAGCUCCUAAGAGGAUAGUAAAAGUUGUGUCAGCUUCUAAUCCAUUUCAAACGUUUCAAUAUCGUCCUAUGGAUUAUGGUGAUCGACAUAUACCACAGAUAGCACCAUACGGCAUGCCAGUGCCGCCAAUGCACCAUCAUAACUUGAGACACGUGAAGUGAAAUAUAAUUUCCUCUAGUAAAUGUCAUUUGGCAUUUAACUGUCUAUUUUUUUUCGUAUAUAAAUUGUUUUUAUAUUUCCUUUUAUUCUACUUUUCUUGUAUUAUUCAAGUUUCAAUUAAACUGUACUGUAUAAUUUAAUCUUUAUCAAUUGUUUAGUCUGAUAACAUUUGAAAGAAACACUAAUUACAAUGC